GGGAGGCCAGGCCGGGCCGGGCGGGCUGGCGGGUGCGGCACCUGCAGCCGCGCGGGGGCGGGAGCCAGGUGGCCUCGGCGCUCCGGUCUCGCUCGGCACCGAGCAGGAAGUGGCUGCGGUGCGGCCCAGGCGCGGCCUCCUCGCGGUGCAGCCUGGCCGGCAGGCGGCCGCGACCCGAGCGCCGGGAGCGAGACCUAAUGGCGGGGCCCGCGGACGCCGCCUCGGCCGCCCUGGACGAGCUGUCCCUGAACUUCACGUACUGGGUGCCGGGCGCCGGCAACGGCUCCCUGUCGGGCGCCUGGUACCGCAGGAACCAGGUUCACCUUUUGGGAGUUUUGCUGGCCAUUUUAGGAAAUUUGGUAAUCAGCAUUUCCCUAAAUAUUCAGAAAUAUUCUCAUCUUCAGCUGGCACAGCAAGAACACCCAAGGCCAUACUUCAAGAGUGUGCUCUGGUGGGGUGGGGUCAUACUGAUGGCCGUGGGAGAGACAGGGAACUUUGCAGCCUACGGAUUUGCUCCCAUUACUCUCAUUGCCCCGUUGGGAUGUAUGUCUGUUACAGGUAGUGCCAUUAUUUCUGUUACAUUCCUGAAAGAAAAUUUGAGAGCUUCAGAUUUACUAGGUACAACAUUGGCAUUUGCAGGAAUAUAUUUGUUGGUGAACUUUGCUCCAAAUAUAACUCAGGCCAUCUCAGCAAGAACAGUACAGUAUUACUUUGUUGGCUGGAAGUUCCUGAUCUAUGUGAUUCUAGAAAUAUUAAUUUUCUGCAUUCUCCUAUAUUGCCAUAAAAGAAAAGGAAUGAAGCACAUAGUGAUUCUGCUAACCCUGGUGGCGCUUCUAGCCUCAUUGACUGUUAUUUCAGUAAAAGCUGUCUCAGGCAUGAUCACUUUUUCUAUGAUGGAUAAAAUGCAACUAACUUAUCCCAUCUUCUAUAUCAUGUUUAUCAUCAUGGUAGCGUCUUGUGUUUUCCAAGUCAAGUUCCUGAAUCAAGCCACGAAACUCUACAAUACAACAACGGUGGUGCCAGUUAACCAUAUCUUCUUUACAACCAGUGCCAUUAUUGCAGGUAUCAUAUUUUAUCAGGAAUUCCUUGGUGCAGCUUUUCUCACUAUAUUUAUAUAUCUUUUUGGGUGUUUUCUUUCAUUCCUUGGUGUGUUUUUGGUCACAAGAAAUCGAGAAAAGGAACAUCUGCGACAGUCUUAUAUUGAUUUUGGGAAUAUUCCUGGGAAACAAAUGCUGGACAAAAUACAACCAGAUUCGAAUAGCUUAUCCUAUGGAACGUUGCCUGAUGGAAGCGACUCAGCAAAGAGCCAAAGUGGAGAGAAGAAAGAGGUCUAAUGUGCUGGGAGGGACGCUGUCAGCCUGUCACUCGAUACCACCUCUUUAAACUUGCACGUGUUCAAUUGGCAUCAGCAGGUCUUUUACGCUGACAGGCCCUAGCAUUCAUUUCCUCCUUUCCCCCACCUCGGUGUCUAGAACAAUCGGGUCUUCCUGGCUUUGGCAGGCUAAUGCUGUCCUGGAAUGUAACCUGACGUGCUCCCCACACCCUGGACCUCCCCCUGGCGAUCAUCUCACCAGCUGGGGCUUCCUUAGGGCCUGGCUGCUCCAGCAGGAAUGUUGCACAAAGACGUACAUUGCGAUUUGGUCACAGAACACGUAGAUUGCUUCUCCCACGUGGCUUCUGGUUCCUUUGGUUUAAAGAGAUGCUUUAGCUCCACAGUCUCGCUCCUGAAAACAAGGUUGGAGAACAUGCGUUUUUUUCUAGGACAACUUUAAUGAGCCUCCCCAUAAAAAUCUCACCUUUCUAGUCCCAAAUUAGAAUGGCGAAUCAUCUUUUCUAAAAACUAGUGCUAUUAAAAUCCUUCUUUGAAAAUGUAAGGGUUUCUUUGACAUUUAUAAAUGGCAUUCUAUGAUGGUGUAUACCCAAAGCAAAAGACCUUAGCUGGUGGGCUUUUUAAGUGUAAGAAAGAGAAAGUUUAAGAAUUAGGGCUGUGCUCACUUCAGCAGCACAUAUACUAAAAUCGGAGCCAUGCAGAGAUUAGUGUGGCCCCUAUGCAGGGAUGACACAUAAAUUCAUGAACCAUGAGGGGGGGAAAGCAUUAAGACCAAAGUUUAUUUUUUAAUAAAAAUACAGAAUAGUGAUGUUUUCUUCAGCUGUAU